ACUUCAAUUCAUCUUCUCUUCGGUCCGCCCCAGCUCUACAUCUCAAACUACAAAGUACUCUACCGCCAACCCUCUCCACUCCAUGCUCCUGCCCAGCGUUGCCGAGAAUAGCAGUCUUGCGCCCUCGGACUUGUACGGCAUACCGCCGGAUAUUGCAUCCAUCCAUCCAUCCCUCACCUCACCUCACCAUCAAUCAUCAAGUACUGCCACUCACUUGGAAAGCCCGCCACCAGUGGAAGUAUGCCCCGUCGAGCGAGAACUUGCCCUGCUGCCGGAACCUGCCAAUGAACAGAUUGACCGUCACCAGCACCUUGAUAAUGUCCCACAUCUCCCACCCGUAGUACCCCUCGGCCCGCUUGACCUUUUCUUCCUCGUUGAAAAACAUGACGCUGAUAUUCCAGAGCCCGUCGCACGUCGGCUGCCGUCGAGGCAGAGCCGUCUCGCUGUGCAAUUCCAGCAGCCCCUGCAUCACCUCUUUGCACGCCUGCCGCACCUGCCUGGGCGUCCGCGAGAACAAGACUGCUAUCGUUUCAAUCCGGCAUCCCUCCUGCAGAAGGAACAACAGGUGCAAAAUCUUUUCGAUUCGGCUGAUGCUGCCCGUUCGUUUCACGUACUUCUUGUCCGCCAGCCACUCCCGGAGCUGCUUCACUUCGUGCAUCUUGAUGUAUCGCAGCUUCGGCAUCACAAAUCGCGAGUCGUUGUUCCCUCGCACCACCAGCAUCGUCGCGUAAUGCCCAUUCGCCGUGCUGCCCUCUCGUCGCCGGUCCGGAUCGCGCAGCAUCGGCCUGCCAGUUCGCUCUUCGUAUUCGCAGUUGCGCUCUACUUCGGCACGUCCUCGAACCAGUACCGGUCCGCUCUCGUGCCGUUCUGUCUUUCGUACAGCGUUGCGCCGUCUCAGUCCAACUGCCUGCGCCUCUUCUUCUGCUUCCGUGCCAUCCGUGUCUGCCGAGAUGGCGACUCCAUAAUCAUUGCCCUCGUCCUCGUCUUCUGCGAAUCCGUCUCUCGCGCUCGAGCUCUCUGCACCUCCCUCCACAUCUUGAUACUCAUCAUCUCUGACAUAUACUUGCCGCUCAACGCGCUUCGGUACCACACUCCGCUUCGCCAAACCAGACCGAGUCGCUCCAGUAGUCUCUUGACCCUCUCCUCCAUCCCCACCAAUGCCCGAUACACUCGCCACGCCUGCCGCGUCAACCCACCCAACGCGAUCUUAGCAUCGCAAUCAUGGAUCUCGCGCUGUAGUUUCUCCAGAUCCCGGUGCGUGUCCUUCAUGGCACGCUUCAUGGCUUUGACGUCAUCAACCGCGCCCGACGAGACGAUGUGCUGUAGUUGCUGGACUUGCGAUUGAAUGGUGCUGAUGUAGGUUUGGAGUUGUGUGAGCGAGUCUGGAACGCUUGCAAGCAGGUCGUUGUGUGAUUGAAGGUCGUUGGGCGUAAGCUUCGUCUUCGGGUCUGAUAAGGUGGAUGAGGACGAGGAUGAAGGUGGCGAUGGAGGAGAGCGGUGUGAUGGCGGCGUGUUUGUGCGAGUGUGCGGGCGGAUGUGUAAGGGCGGGAUGGUGAGCGUGUAGGUGCUGGUGCUGCGUUCCAUGCUUUCUUCUUUUGCUGCUGCUGCUGCUAUCGGCGGCAGGAGAUGGUGAUGUGGUGAUGGUGGCUUGCGGCCGUUUCGUGUGAUGUGCUUUCUUUUGCG